AUGUCGUCAGAAGAGCCGGUGACAGUGGCCAAACAUGAUGAAACAAAAGAAAACAAGGAUAAAGAAACGAAAAAUCCUAACACUUCGUUCAUCCACAAAUUGUAUGCAAUGUUGGAAGACCACAACCUUGAUCACCUUAUAUGGUGGCAUUCGAACCAGACGUCCUUUUAUGUGCUUCCUUCAGAAGAGUUCACAAAAGUAUUGAGCAAUUAUUUCAAACACGCAAACAUUGCUUCGUUCAUACGGCAGCUGAACAUGUACGGUUUUCAUAAAGUGAACGACAACUUCAACAACGAGACGCUAACAACGACACCACCUCCAUCAGAUCAGACGGGCUCCAGAAAAGGAUCUAACUCGUCGAACAACGCAUCAUAUGUGUGGGAAUUCAAACACUCAUCUGGCUGGUUCAGACAAGGAAACAUCGAGGGUCUAACACAGAUCAAGCGACGCUCAUUUAAGAAUGUCAGCUCGCAGAAGGAAGUCCACAGUUUGAAACUUCCCCAGACAGAGGGAAUGAAAGACGCCCAGAAUUACGUGCCCUACAGGUACCGUCCAAGUAGUCCGGGAGAUCUCUACGAUACCACAUUGCAAGAGGAAACGGACAUGAAAGCUAGACUCACUAAUUCAUAUGUGCAACAGCAGAUGAACACGACUAUGCCACCCAAGGAACUAAACUAUCUAGAACUCGCAGGCCAGUAUCACGAUUUGCUUAGAGCAUACGAAGCUCUGACAUAUCGCUAUAAAAUUGUGAAAGAAGACCUUACAAAAACGAAUUAUGAUUGUGUCUCGCUUCUGGAUGUUCUUAAGGAUGUGGUCGGAUUGAUACCCAAAGAGUCAACUAACGAAAUGAUGACUACAAAAUUGCUUUCGGAGUUGGAAAAAUUCAAAACCAACGUUCUUCAACGUUGCGCUGCGCGAGACAUGGCUUUCAAACAAGUAACAAAUGGCCUCGGACACUAUGGAGAGGGUGGGUCAAUCUUCUCGGACAGCCAUGGAUCUCUUGCUGUUCCGGUACACACCCCUCAUACGUCUCUGUCUCAAAUACCCCAGCCGCCACCUCGCAACUCAUCCGCCGCGUCGUCGUUACAUCCUUAUGACCAAAGCCAACUGCCGUACAAAGACAUCAGAUACAGUGGAUCCUCCAACAGGCCCAGAAACCUAUCUGUAUUUGAUCCAUUGCAACCUGCAACGCCUUCAAUGAUCAACACAGGUCCGCCUCCACCUCCACAGGGUGAACAAUCGCCAGCAAUUUUGAGCCAAUUGCAUGAGAGCGAUACGUCACACCAGUCAGCUCAGCAACCAGAGCGUCGCAAUUCUUCAGCAGUUAUGCCAUUCUCGGGUUCUCCGGGCCCUGUGCGGCGAUCUUCUCCCGGAGCAGGACAACCGCCUCCACCCCUGAUAAUGCAAACGCUGUCGGGAGUUCCUGGAGAAAAUGCUAACACCAGAUCGUCCUCUGCCAAUUCACUCUCCUAUCUUCAAAACAUUACUCCAGCCCCUUCAGGCUCGCCAACAAGCAACCUGAAACGAGCAGGGUCGAUGCCAUCACAGUCGGCGGCAGAGGAAAAACGAUCAAGUCAGGCUUAUUCAUUGAACAAUCCGCCCAGCUCGGUACCUUCGCAAAUGAACCAACGGGCGAUCCAUGAACAUCAGCAACAACAGAUAGCACAGCAGAGCAGAACAAACUCGUCGAGUUCAGCGAGCGCCACAUCUGUCCCUGCUCUCCAGAACACGUCAUCAACGACCGUAUAUUCUCUCUUGAAUCCUCCAAAAGGUCGCACGGAAGAGCGCAAAAGAGAAUCUGAAGCACCGGAAGAAAGCGCCAAGAGGAUCCGCGGCCAAUAG